AUAAAAUGAAACUCUCCGGCCAACAGGCCGGGUAAAAAGCUAGUUUUAAGGAUAAAUAAUCAUGGGGUUAAUGCCACAUUUGGUCAUUGUGAUUACUAAAUUGUGUCAUGUUUAGUCACUAGAAAAAUUUAAUAUCAAAUUUGGUCACUUUAAUAACUAAAAUAGGUCAUAUUUAGUCACUCUUCGUUGGUCUCCGUCCAACUCCGUUAAUGAAGUCCGUUAUGUGCUGACUUGGCUAACGGGAGCGCCUAGUUAGUACCAUUUUGGCCCGAAAAUGGUCAAACCCAACCCGCCACGUCACUAAACCUGCCAUGUCAUACACCCAACCGAAACCAUUAAUCCAACCCGACAGCAGCAACCCCGACCCAACUAAGUCCUCCGCCAGGGAACCGGUUCCUCGCGCUCCAGGUCUGUCGCCCAUCAGGUUGAAGUCGCCUGCAAGGCCUCCUCAAUGUCGGCGUCGCCGUGAUGGAUAGCUCGAUGUGAAGUAUGCCGCUCUAUUGCGGAUCCUCUGUCACCGGGUAUUAGGAUAUGAUGGGCGAGAAGAUCAACAAUAAGAAAGGGGAUGAAAGCAACAGUGAUGGGGGAAGCAGCAACAUGUACUCUGCAAUCUCUAACAAGAAGCAAUUCUUCCUCCCUUGGAUUCCUACGCCCGAAUUGAGGCGGACCAAGAGAGAUUCCAGUUCUAUGCUAGAUCUACCGCCAACGGGGAAGGGGAACAAGACGGGGACGAUGAAAUUGGCGGCGGAGGAGGUUCCAUGGUGAAUGGGAGAUCUAUGCUAGAUCUACCGCCAACGGGGAAGGGGAACAAGACGGGGACGAUGAAAUUGGCGGCGGAGGAGGUUCCAUGGUGAACGGGAGAUCCAGAGCCAGAUAGAUGUUGAGUGGGGUUAAUGGUUUGGGUUGGGUGUAUGACAUGGAGUUUUUAGUGAUAUGGCGGGUCGGGUUUGACCAUUUUCAGGCCAAAACAACGCUGAUUAGGUGCUCUCGUUAGCCACGUCAGCACAUAACGGACUCCAUUAACGAAAUUGGACGGAGACUAACGGAGAGUGACUAUAUGACUUGUUUUAGUAAUUAGAGUGACCAAAUUUGAUAUUUUCUAGUAACUAAACAUUGUAGACACCUGACUCACUCCUACUGUCACCCUAGAAAAUGGCCAAGUGCAACCACUUCCUAAAGCGUAGUAUAGCGGGUUUGGGUUUUAAUGUCAACCCGGGUCCUAAAUUUGAUGACUACUUGGUGUAUUCUUGUUAUCUAGCAAUGAAACUUUAAUACAAGUCUAAACUAACAAACAAGCAAAGCAACUAAACGGUUGUUUUCAGGUUAAGAGAGGUCACCCGGAUAUGGUUCCCCCUAGACUACAGUUAAGUCGGAUUGCAAUUACCAAGUUCAGUUUCUAUGAUAGUUAUACUGCAGAAGGUUCUUAAGCAGUCUGAAGUCUCGACUAAAGGUCUUCAGACCCUCUCAAUCUGAGUCUCUAGCGGGCGACUAACCUCCACCGGAGUAAACAGAUUGAGGCCCUACGAACAAAACCUCCACUACCGAAGUGAACUCGGUACAGAAUAGUGAGUUGGCUCCUCGACUAAAGUCACCAACUCCCUACCUUCAAUCAAGGAUGCUCUAUCAACCUAGGUAGAUAUUCUCAUUCUAGGUUAAAGCAGAAACAACAGGAAUUUGAUCAGGAUUCAAGUCAUUCAAUCAUUCAAACCUCAAUCGAAUAUAAUCAAAUCAUAGAAUCAAUACUUGGGUUCAUACAAUCAAACCUAACAUACAAAUCUAGGGUUCUCCAUACCCAGAUGAAUGGGAAAACUACUCCAUGGAGAAAUAAGCAAAAGCAGAAUCAGACGCGGAAUUCAUACUGUGAAGGAUGGAUUCCUGCUCCUGGACGUUGAUCGGCACUUCUCCAAGCUCAAGCCAAGCUCCAAUGGUGAUGAAGAUCAAGCUAGGGUGAAUGACAUGACAUAAACGCACAACCUAGGGUGAAAUCGGCUUAAAACACGAGAGUCAACCUCUCAAACGGCUCAAGAAUAGGGGUGAAAACAUGUGUAAUUAUCGGUCUAUCAAACUCCCCCACACUUAACCGUUUGCUUGUCCCCAAGAAAACCUAACUCAAACCAAUGCAACUCUCCAGACCUCUAUAGCAACCAACAACCCCGAUCAUAGGUAGAGGAUUUCCUAGAUCAUUUAGCAGCUUACGAGGUCAACCGACGCACAAGUCAUCUCAUAGCUUCUUCGGCGAGAACGCUAGUCUCGAGUCGGCAUCAUGGCAAAUAGUGAGCAGAGGACAAAUGAAUCAUGGACGAAUGGACUCUCAAGAACAAAAGAUCAUGGACUCA